AUGGUGUUUGCCUACUCCAUCUUUGCCACCAGCCCGCCCUUCGAUAUUCUCGACCAGCCGCUCGUCCCCUGUCAGCAGUCUGAUAUCUUCAUGGGCGAUUCCUCAGAUCUGCUCAUCUGGCAAGACGUGUUUGUGCACGGGCGGGCGGAGCGCGCGGUGUUCAGCGUAUCUCGUUCGCCACUGAGCCCAGCGAUGCCGACCAUUCCGGAGGCGAGGGAGGAGACAGACGAGCAGACUCUUUCCCGUCGUCGCCAGUUCAGCAGGCGACUGCGAGCCAUGUCCAUCGACUUGACAAAGGAGGAGAACAAGAUCCUGCACUCCUUGGGUUGCAAGCUGAAACCCGUGCUCGCCAAGGACGGCGGGGCUCCCGACUCCGAUCUGCCAGUGAGUCCCGGCACAGCCGUUGCACGCGCUCGUGGACUGGUAGCAUGUCGACACGAGACUGACUGCCAGCAUCUCGACUCCCUGCAGACCCUCAAGCGGAUCAGUGAUACUGAGCUCGAUCGGUGGCUGGGCUAUUACGCCUCAGACGCCGCUCUGAUUUCGAAUCCCGCGUCGCGUCACGAGAAGGAGCAUACCUUGGCGCAGUGCAUUGGCGUCACGGGUUCGGAUGCCACAGACGCCGAGGCAAGCUGA